AUGACAACAAAAAAGAAAAAUACAAAUGAGGAAGGAGCUGAUAAAUGGGCAUAUUUGCUGAAACCUGCAAAAGAUUUGACAGACAAUUUUUCGAUUGAUUUGCUAUCAUAUCUAAACGAAUAUUUAGAUGUUAUUAGACAUCGAAAUGAAGAAGAAGAUCAAGAACAAUCAUUUGAUGUUGAAAGCAAUUAUAAAUUAUUUAACUUUGCUCAAGCUUGUUUAGUUAUUCAAGGAUCGACAAUGGUUUAUGCGAAAAAGGUGGAUUUCAUCUUCGAAGAAGUUUAUGGUGUUUGGGGUUUGGUUGAAAAUGCAAAAGAAGGUGAAAAUGGACCGGGAGGAGCAUCGAAAAAAGGAAGAAAAAGGAAAAUUGAUAUUGGAUCGACGGCCAAUUUCGAAUUGUUGGAUAUGAAAGCGGUGAAAACUGAGAUAUUGAAAAAUGCAACGAAAUUUGAAAAAGAAGAAAAGAUUGCUGUUGAUAAUUUGAGAUUGGUUGAUAAUGCCGAAUUUGCUGAAAUGUGUUAUGAGAGGAAAAAUGUGAGAGCAGUGAGACCGACACAAUUUAUGUUUGGAAGAAAUUCGUGUCAGUUUAUGAGAACAGAUGUGAGUGGUUUUGAGGGAUUCUAGCGGGACUGAAAACGUUGCAGAAACAUUACGCUCAACAAUUUUGAGUCUAAUGGACCUAUGUAGAUGAAUAUUCUUCAAUAAAAUUUAACAGAAGAGGAAAAUAAACAGAAUAUAAUUUUGAUUAGAGAUGACGUAAAAUUGAGAGAAUCUAGACAAAAAUUAGUUUCCUGUUUCCAUUAUUCGAAAAACUAACUUUUGUCUACACUCUCAAUUUUACGUCGUCACCAUAAUAUUCUGUAUGUUUCGGAAUUAAUUUAUCUAAAAAAUUUUCUAGGAACAAUUCUACAACGCGAAGACACGUCCAGAAGUCGUUGGAAAAGUUCGAGAUUUUGAUGUCAAAAAAUCGGAGAUUCUACACGAUCAUGUUAGUUUUCCCCCCAUCAAAUGCCUCCUUUCAACUAAUUUUUGUUUCAGGAAAUGUUGAUCCUCCAUGAUUCUUAUCGACGAAAUGUUGAUCAAUUCAAUUUACCCGGCGCCAAAUGGAUUCCAGAUAAUAAAGAACUUGCCGCGAAUUUCGGAGUGGCUGAAAUUGAAGCAGAACUCGAUUUGGAACAAAGAGAUAAUCGACGAAUAACUGCUCAUGGACCAUUUAAAGAUCCACUUUCUGGAAGAGAAAUUGUUGCACCACCAAAAUGGUAUAUUGAACAAGAAGUUGUAAAACAACAGGAAACAAUUGCAAGAAGUGCAUCAGCUGCAACAAAUUAUGCAACAAUUCGAGAUUCGCAAGGAGGUUCACAGAAAUUUGGAGGAGGAUCACAAGUAACUAGAAUGUCUCAACCAUUUUUCGAAAAACAACGAAAUAGUUUGAAUCAAUUUGUGUCGUUUGUUGAAGGAAGAUUGAAUAAAAAUCGGUUAGUUUUUCAAUAAAAUACAUCAAAUUCAAAGUUUUUAUCCAAAUCUGAAAUUUUCAGAGCAAGCACUCAUUUGAAUACACAUCUUGUUGAUAUGUUUGUUGAGAAUUAUGGUGGUGAAAAAGAGAACCAUCAACCUUUUGAACCAAUGGAUUAUGAUGAUGGAGAUUAUGGAGGAGGCGAAGGUGGAAUGGAUGAAAAUGAGGAAGAAGAAGAUGAUUAUAUUGAUGGAUUACGGAAAAAUCGAGAAAGGCGACAAAUUGCACCAUGGGAUGAAACAGAAAAUGAUUUGAUGAGAGGAUUGGUUUAUGGUGAAAAUGAGGAUGUUAGGAAAAAUCAUCGAGAAGUUCGAAUAAUUCAAAAAGAACCAACAACUUCACUUAGUAUUCUAGCAAAGAAAACAAGGAAAAAUGAGAAGAUGGGCGAAAAUCGAAGGGAUAAAUUCAUGAGAACACAGGAUUAUUUGCAAAAUCAUUAUUAUUGGAGAAGUUCGGCGAGAUUGAAUCCGACAAAUGAUUGGAAAAUUGAUGCAUUAAGAACGCAUAUUUUGAAAGAGCAAAAAAGGCGAGCAAGAGAAAGAACGGCGAAAAUUCGAGGAGCGAGAAGUAUGAGAGUUGGAAGAAGUCAGAAUAGAAAUAUUGGACAGGCACAAUUUGAACAGGCUUUUGAUGGAUUAUUGGAUGGAGAAAAUGAAAUUGGAGGAGAAGGAAUUGGGGAAGAAAAUAGGGAAAAGGGAAAUCGAAGAACACUUGGAGCUGAAUGUAAGUUUUCGAUUGGAAAUUGUGAAAAUCUGAACAAAAUAGGUUUUUUUUGGGAAUUUUCAGAUUUUUUCUGAAAUUCAAAAAAAUAUAGAAAAUUGUACAGAAAACCUAAAAUUCUUCACAAUUUUUUGAAUUUUUAAAGAAAUUUUUAAUUCUCAGUUUGUCAUAAUUUUAUGGAAAAAAUCUUCUGAAUUUUGUGAAAAGUUUUUCAAUUUCAUCUCAGAAAUUUUUUUUAGAAAUCAUUAUUUUUAUAUUUAAUUUUCUGAUUUUUGAAUUCGCCGUAAAGUUUUGUAAGUGCUGGAAAUUUUAAUUCAAUUCCAAAUUUCCACUCGACUCCUUCUCUCAAUAUCUCGUUUUUCAGACGAUGACAUUGCCGAUGAAGAUCUUGCGGCUGAAGUUGAGAUCUCAAUGUUGGGCGGAGCUUAUGACGAUGAUUUUGAUGAUAUUGCACCAUUUGGUGAAACAGUUCCACCAAUUCCUGGCGGUUCUCAAGAUCCAACAAUUCCUUCUCAUCCACAAAUCGAAACUAUUCACGAACCUCAACAACUUCAUCAAGGUCUCACAUUUAAUGCAAUUGAUGAUGCUGAACUUGCGAAUAUUUUCAAUUUACCUGGUGAUUUGUUCGUUUCACGGGCUCUUCCAUUGCUCAAAAAGUUUGCCGAAAAUCGAACAGAUCGAGAACAAAUGGCAUAUGAAAUGGCAAAAGCAUAUGAAAAUGUUGAUGUGGCAACUUCGAGAUUACAACAACAAGUUGAUGAAUGGCAAGAAAAAUUGGAACCGAUUUUAGAUGAGGGAGAAACUAGAAAAGAAUACAAGGUUUGUAUGAAAAUUCGAUUUGGAGUUUAAACAAAUAUAUUUUCUGAAAAUCCACGUAUGAUUUUUCAAACAUUCUCAACAUUUUCCAGGUUCACGAAUACGGUGGCUAUGUUCUGGAUCAAUUUGGCGAUGAACCGGGUGAAACUAAAACUCUUGCAGAAUUAUGCGCCGGAAAAUGCUGGUUUGAAAUUAGUCGAUAUUUUUUGUCGUGUUUAUUGAUGUCGAAUACCAAAAAAUCUUAUGGUAAGGUGUUUUUAUUAACUUUCACAUUCCAAAUUUUAAUCCUAACUUUUCCAGGUAACCGAAGACAAAACAAGUGA